AUGAUGGCGACAGAAGGAAGCAGAGGAUCAAUACGGUUGAGAAAUUCAAUAGCUUUGUCUUUUGUGCAUAUUUGUACUUCUAUCGGCUUGCUCAGUUAUCAUGUAAAUGCCGAAUACACGACCGUCGACAGUAGCGAGCGUUCCUUCCUGGAACGCCUUUCACUGGGGCCCGAAUAUUUUACAACCAUGGACAAGGUACUCUUUGGAGUUCUGGUUCUUCUUGGAUUGGAAUUGAUCAACUUUGUUGCUGGCAGUUCAGGAUAUUGGAUGAAUAGCAAGACUAUCCCUGUUCGAGGAAAGCACUUGGAUGAUUUCAGAUCAAGAGAUUUGUUAUUCAUCGGAAUCAGCAAGGCCCAAACAGCUCCUUUUUCUUAUUUCUUCGUUAAGUACCUUAUCUCGGAAUCGAAUGUUCUUUGGAGUUUGGAUGACAUUUCAUUGAAAACAUUGCUGCUCCCAUUGCCACUCUAUUUCAUCGUAUUUGAUUUCUUCUACACGAUCUUGCACUGGGCCUUACAUAUUAAGGCAAUAUAUGGCUUCGUGCACAAGCAUCACCAUAUUCAAAAGGCACCAAGCCGUGCCAACCAUGACGCCAUUAACGUUCACCCACUGGAGUUCUUCUUGGGAGAAUACAAUCAUUUGCUCGCCGUGUACCUCUGCUGUCACCAUCUUAACCUUCAGGUCCACGCGCUUUCAACCGUUCUUUUCCUUGGUGUUGGAGGCGUCCUUGCUGGAUGGAAUCAUACCCGCUUCGAUAUUGAAUUUGCCCCCUUUGGCAUCAUGGUCUUCGACUCCAAGGCUCAUGAUGUCCAUCAUCGUAUUCCACAGUCUAAUUAUGGGCAGUACACUAUGUUCUGGGACAGGGUUUUUGGGUCCUACCGACCAUAUGAUCCAAAGGAUCGAGUGAACUCGAAAAGCCAACUAGACCCCAAGACUGGGAAAUCGUAUGAGUAUGCCGAAGGGAAGUCUCUCUAG